CGGGUCGGCGCAUGCGCGGCGAUGUCGGCCCUGAGGCGACUCCGGGCGCGGGAGGUUUACCUCAGAAUGGCGCCGGCUUCCGGGUCGCGAGGAUGACUCCGGCGGAGUCUGGCGCCGUCCGGACGGGAGGUUUGCCGCGCUAGAGCUCCAGGAGGCGAGGAGGAGGAAGGAGGAGACGCCAUGAGCGGGUUGCAGAACAAUGUUGCCAAAAGACAGUUUCUGCUGGAGAGAUUAUUGGAUGCAGUUAAACAGUGCCAAAUCCGAUUUGGAGGAAGAAAAGAGAUUGCUUCUGAUUCAGAUAGUAGGGUUACAUGCCUGUGUGCUCAGUUUGAAUCCGUGCUUCAGCAUGGUUUGAAGAGAACCCGGGGAUUAGCCUUAACGGCAGCAGCAAUCAAACAGGCAGCAGGCUUCUCCAGUAAAACCGAAAUGGAGGCCAUUUUCUGGUACUACGUGAAAGACGUUCUGAAUAAACACGAACUACAACGCUUCUACUCCCUGAAGAAUAUCACAACCGAUGUUGGCAGAGGUCGCGCCUGGUUACGCUGUGCACUCAAUGAACAUUCCUUGGAAAGAUACUUCCAUAUGCUGCUCGCAGAUAAAAAUCAGCUUAGUGUCUUCUAUGAAGACUGGUCCUUUAUGAUGGAUGAAGAGCGCUCUAGUAUGAUUCCUACUAUGGCAGCUGGUUUGAAUUCUAUUCUUUUUGCCAUCAACAUUGAUAACAAGGAUUUGAAUGGGCCAAGCAAGUGCCCGCCUACCGUCUCCAACCUUCUUAAGGAAUCUACCCAGAACGUGACCUCUUUGCUGAAGGAAUCCACCCAAGGGGUGAGCAGCCUCUUCAAGGAGAUCACCGCCUCCUCUCCCGUUUCCAUUCUGAUCAAACCUGAGCAAGAGGCCGACCCCUUGCCAAUCCUCUCCAAGAGCGUGAGUAGCGAAUUAAAAUUCAGGAAAGAGCGAAUAAAGAAGAAGAAGAAAAUCACGAAUAUUAUUUUAUUCGAUGAGGACGACAAAGAAAGUAUUGGGAAUGUCUUAAGGGCAACGGUGGUAGGCGGAAACUCAGAACAAAAUUCGGACAGACCUUUGGCCUACCUGGGAUCUCCAUCGAUAGACUCGCUAACAAACCUGAAUGGAGACCAAGGUGUACCUUGGCCGAAAAACGAUUCUGUGCACCUCAAUGGAGAAUGCACCUUUCCAAAACUGGACGUAAAAAGCAUCGACGACGAAGACGUGGAAGAAAAUGAGGAGACUUACAGUGAAAUGUCAGGAGCGCAGAGUAUGAAAGAGGGCACGGAGUAUCGUGUGAAAUCCUCUGAGGGCAUGAUGAGCAAUUCUCUGGAUGGCGCUUGGACGUCUCUUAAGAUCCUGAAUGAUGAUUCUGAUGAAUUGUUUCCCUUUACUACCGUAAGCUCUUUCUCCCAGACGGGUGGCUUGCAGAAUAAUGGUGAACACGAAUGUGCAGAUCUUUCACCAGACCUGGCUCAGAGAAAUGAUGAACUGCAUCACAGCAGAGUAGAUGUUAAAGACCCAGCGGAAGAGAACACUGUAAACCACCUGUUGCCAUCAAGCAGUGUGUCAGAAUCAAUGACUGUUGCGGAACUUCGGCAAGCCAGCAUCGCCAUGAUGAACAGAAAACAUGAACUGGAAGAGCAGAACAGUUCUUUGAGAAAUCUCCUUGAUGGUGAGAUGGAGCAUUCUGCAAUUCUGCGUCAAGAAAUCGACAGUCUGAAGAAGAAGGUUUUGGAGCAAGAGGAGCUCUACAAAGCGAAGAUCCAGGCCUUGGCAAGAGAAAACGAGGUGCUGAAGGUGCAGCUGAAGAAAUACGUCGGAGCUGUCCAGAUGCUGAGGCGAGAAGGUCAGACGGUGGAUGUCUUGACCGGUCUUUGGAACACGGAGAGUGAACUGACCAUCCCAGAGCAAAAACAAGCCGAGAAUAACGAAGAGCUUGCCAACUCCUAUGAAAGAAAACUGGUCGAGGUGGCGGAAAUGCAUGGGGAGCUGAUUGAAUUCAAUGAGAGGCUGCACCGUGCGCUGAUGGCGAAAGAAGCUCUGGUGGCCCAGAUGAGGCAAGAGCUCAUUGAUCUGAGAGGACCGGUUCCUGGAGAUCUGAGCCAAACAUCUGAAGACCAAAGUUUGUCAGAUUUUGAAAUAUCAAACCGAGCUCUUAUAAAUGUCUGGAUUCCCUCAGUUUUUCUCCGUGGAAAAACAGCAAACGCAUUUCAUGUUUACCAGGUCUACAUCCGGAUAAAAGACGACGAGUGGAACGUUUACCGAAGAUACACGGAAUUCCGGAGCUUGCACUACAAAUUGCAGGCAAAACACCACCAAGUGAGAAGUUUUAAUUUCCCACCGAAAAAGGCCAUUGGAAACAAGGAUGCGAAAUUUGUCGAGGAACGGCGGAAACAAUUGCAGAACUACUUAAGAAACGUUAUGAACAAAUUGAUCCAGACUCUGCCGGAGUUUGUGGCCAACCCCAAAAAAGAAACACUUAUCCAGCUGAUACCUUUUUUCAUUGACUUCCAGCCUGCGGGAGACUCCGCAAGGGACAAUAGUGGUCGCCCUCGGGGGGGAACCCGCUUUGCGAGGCUGUCUCAGCACCACCCGCGGGAGACCCGGAACCUGGAGCCUCAGAGUGGCGAUCUCUGACUUUUGGGGUGACUAUGACCACUGACCCAACGUACUUUAAGCUGCCUUUGGGUUUUCUCCUGCCUCCCCCAGUAGACUUCCGCGACAGGGGAAAAUACAAUUCUGUUGAAUUCUAAUCGGCAAGGAAAAGGUUGGACGUAGCUGCCUUUCCCCAAAAACAAGGAGAUGCCCUUUGGUCUCAACCUCAGAAGUGCAGACAGGGCUGCUUCGUGUAUUCUUUGAUUCGUCAACCCAUCGAUAAAGGGUUGGUUUUUUUAGCUUCUGGGGUUUUGAUGGAUUUUUACCUUCUAUUCAAAAUCCUAUGAGGGUGAACCCAACUUAAUUGCAACUAGAAUAAUAAAACAAUUUUAAAUCAG